CAGAGAAUUGUGAGAAAGGAAAAACGUAUACAUAUCGACUUCAUAUACAUACGCACUCCGAAAUUCCCUUCUUAUCACGGACCUAUCGAUGUGAGCGUAGCCUAAUAACGUAUCGUUAUCACGCCAGGCGCACGGAUAGACGACGCGGCGGGAGCAGACGAGGGGAACGACGAUUGGUCGUCGUCGCGUGGGGGGGGAAGCGCUGAUUGGUCGCUGGAGUAGGGAUAGCACUCGUCGAGCAGUUCACAUCCGACUGCCGUAAGUUGCGGUCUCGCUGGUGCGCUUCUUGUUUAUCGCGCUCUUGCCGCACGUCUCUUUCCCUCGCCUUUUCCAUUCGACUAGUUGGAUCAUCCCGUCGUACAGGCCGCGUGACGUUCACCGGCUGUCAAUGAGAUGCGCGAUGUCGGCGUGUCGCAGUUUUCUCUGUGAAAAACGCGUGGUUCUUCGCGUGCACGCGCGCGCGCACGUAUAUAUGCGCGCGUGACUGUAUUUUUGGUGUGUAUCUUUGGUUGCGACGUUUGUUGCGACCAGCAAGUAAACAGGUGACGCCGACGAGCGGAGCGAAACGGCGGCGCCGCGCCAUGCCACGCCGCGCCGGUAGCGGUUGACCUUUUAAAACGUACGGUGCGUCGCGUGCAAAUUGCGCGAAAUAGCAGCGGCCGGUGAUCGACAGUGUUUGAAAUAAAUCACCGCACCGCAACUGUACACACGCGGUGGACACCGUUCGGUAUACUGUGUCAAGGCCACCGGCGUCCACUACGUAGCGCAUUUCUCUGCGCAGUAUCGGAGGAAGCGGGGAAAAGAGAAAAAAUCUUCCACGUUCCGCGAUCUGUCGGAAAAACUCGCGACUUCACGGUUGCGCCUCGAAAUCCGCGCCUCCGAUCUGAAAGACAGUGUCAAAAUUCGAUAUCAAUUUCCGACGAACAAAUAGCAAACGGUGGGGAAGCCUUGUGUGCGUGCAUGACUGUUGAGCCCCGCAAGUUGGAACGACAGUUUGCGUUUGUCAGAUCACUAUCGAUGUUUCGAUCGAUGUAGAAAGAUCGCGUGAAGGUGACAAUCUGGAUUUACCUCGCGAGUUUCAGUGAAGCGGUGCUUGUGCGCGAGGUCUGUAGGGAGUAGAGUUUAUAUGUUGCGGUUAUACGCCGCUCUGAUAGUCGCUGCACAUCGAUAAGGAACUCGCGGAACGAUAUAUUGCGAGAAUAGUCCCGUGGGAAACGACGGAACAUUCAACGCCGCAUCGACCAAUCAAGUUCGACAACCUCUAUAAUGAGUCGUGAGAUGUUCGUCGAAUUCAAAGGCAAUUGAAGAAUUAUUCGCCAAAUAAGCUGUCGAAUAAUCGCCGAUUAAUUACCACUUAUACCCGACUAAUUCGGCCGUCACAUCGUUGCGAUAAGGACGAUUGCAUCGUCAACGACGCUGCCGUUCUCCAAUAUGGCGAACGCGAUACCACUUGCCGCAAACUGUGUUUACCGGUGCAGUCGAGCGAUUUAUUGAAUAAAUCUUGGACAAAAUUGCAAUAUUGACAGUCAUCGUUAUUCCCUCGCUACAUAAACAUUGAAACGAUAUCGGUGGAUCGAAAAAUCGAAUUGAAAAGUUACGAUGGCCAACGACGACGGGCGAACGUAUUUUUUACGGGCGGACGGAUGAGAGAAUUCUUUUGCACUGUGUAGAAAACGUAUAUUUUUUUGUAUAAAUGUACCUUGAAGUGUACGGCAUGUGGCAGCAACAACAACCGCAGCAGCAGCAAGCGUAUCUGAGGAGUUUACCGCCGCAGCAUCCGCAGCAGCAGGCUCUCCAUCAAGGGAUCAUCGGCAUGGACAACCGCGCGCAUCAACAGCAUCAUCAGCAUCAUCGCGCUACCGUUAUGGAUCUACCGGUACCAAGCAAUCCACGUGCGUCACGGAACAUGGCGGAAAAACAACGCCGCGACAAUCUCAACGCGAAUAUAUCGACGAUGGCGACCCUCGUGCCAAGCGUUGCUGGAAGUUCGAGGAGAAUGGACAAAAUAUCCAUUCUUAGGUUGGCCACCGCUUUCCUGAGAACACGCUACACGCUCGGAAGUGGCUCGAUGAAUUUUCUUCCUUCGCAGUUUAACGAUCAAUUCGAUCUAGAACAAUUUUUCGUUGACCACCUGAUUGACAGCGGAGGCUUUUUUCUCAUAGUCACUGCAACAGGAAAAAUCGUCUACGUCAGUCGACAAGUAGAGCAACAUCUCGGCCAUGUUCAGGUGAGUUUUCCUCAUCAUUUUCCUCAUCAUGUGAUGCGAAGAAUGAUCUCCAUUAACGUUACUGAAGACCGUAAUUUUAUUUUUUUCUUCGAGCUCUUUAUUUUAAUCAAUUGCUUGAAGAUCGCAGAUAUUUUGCCACUAGGGAAAAAUGUAUUUUAGAAAAAUCCAUAGUGUCAAGGAGAUAUCCUAUUGGCUUUUGCAUUUUAUUUAAAAGUACAGAAAAUCGAAUAAUUUAUGAUUUUGGAAACGC